CGACUUUGGUCUGCACCGGAAGUGUGUGUGCUGCCGAUGUGGUGCCUACUGACUGCGGUUUCGGUUGUUCUCCCUUGUUUCGCCGGCUGGGUAUUUGCGUCGUGCCAUGGCGGUUUGAGCACCACGAGGACCUGGUUGAGGAUGGAAUUCUGUAGUCAGGCAUGUGGGGAGAGUGCGGAGGACCAUGGCUGAGAAGGGCUCUGACAGCAUAUGAUCUUCCCUCUGCAGCCCAAGGGCAAAGUGGGCACAAGAGGGAAAAAGCAGAUAUUUGAAGAGAACAGAGAGACCCUGAAGUUCUACCUGCGAAUCAUACUGGGGGCCAAUGCCAUUUACUGCCUUGUGACCUUGGUCUUCUUUUACUCAUCUGCCUCAUUUUGGGCCUGGAUGGCCCUGGGCUUUAGUCUGGCAGUGUAUGGGGCCAGCUACCACUCUAUGAGCUCGAUGGCACGGGCAGCUUUCUCUGAGGAUGGGUCCUUGAUGGAUGGUGGCAUGGACCUCAACAUGGAGCAGGGCAUGGCAGAGCACCUCAAAGAUGUGAUCCUACUGACAGCCAUCGUGCAGGUGCUCAGCUGCUUCUCUCUCUACAUCUGGUUCUUCUGGCUUCUGGCUCCUGGCCGGGCCCUUUACCUCCUGUGGGUGAAUGUGCUGGGCCCCUGGUUCACAGCAGACAGUGGCACCCCAACACCAGAACACAAUGAGAAAAGGCAGCGCCGACAGGAGCGGCGGCAGAUGAAGCGGUUAUAACUAUUGACAUUGUGGCCAUAGGCUGCUGGGCUCUGGGUGGCUCCAUCAGGCUGCAUGGCCCCAUUGCCUGGAGCAUUGAGGGCCUAGUUCAGGGACCCAAAGCAGUCUGAGGUAUAGGGCUGCUGAAUAAAUGACGUGGAAUGUGGCUAA